AUGACCUUAUAUCAAAUCAUUUCCUUAGUCGUACCGGCGCUGCUCCUCCUGUCACGGCGGAGCUCCGCCGCUGCCGCCCCCGCCGGAAAAUGGGAAUUGCUUCAGCGCAGCAUCGGAAUUUCCGCAAUGCACAUGCAGCUCCUCCACACAGACACCGUCGUAAUGUUCGACCGUACGGGUUUCGGCACAUCGAACAUUUCCUUGCCGGCGGGAAAAUGUCGCGACGACCCAAACGAAAAGGUGACCCGACACGACUGCUCCGCCCACUCCGUCGAAUACGACGUCGUUUCCAACAGCGUUCGACCGUUAACGGUCCUGACCGACACGUGGUGCUCCUCCGGCGCCGUUAACUCUGACGGCACCCUCGUCCAGACCGGAGGAUUCAACGACGGCGAUCAUGCCGUUAGAUUUUUCCCACCCUGCCGGAAUAGUUCCUGCGAUUGGCGCGAAAUCAAUCCCGGACUCACCCAGCGGCGGUGGUACGCCACCAAUCAGAUUCUUCCCGACGGCAGGACCAUCGUGGUCGGCGGCCGCCGCCAAUUUAAUUACGAAUUCUACCCGAAGAAAUCCGCCGCCGACAGGUCGUAUAAUUUUCCAUUUCUGGUUCAGACAAACGAUCCUAAGAUUGAGAAUAAUUUGUACCCUUUCGUAUUCCUCAAUCCCGACGGGAAUCUCUUCAUUUUCGCCAACAAUCGAGCAAUUCUGUAUGACUACACAAAGAACGCCGUAGUGAAAACCUACCCGGAAAUUCCGGGCGGGGAUCCGAGAUCCUACCCGAGCACAGGAUCCGCAGUCCUGCUUCCGUUGAAGAACAAUUCGGGAGCUGAAGUCCUGGUCUGCGGCGGCGCGCCCAAGGGGUCUUUUAUCAGCGCGACCAAGGGAAAAUUCACGCCGGCGCUCAACACAUGCGGUAGGAUCCGAGUCGACGACCCGAACCCGAAAUGGGAGAUGGAGAUCAUGCCCAUGGGUCGGGUCAUGGGGGACAUGACGCUACUACCAAACGGUGACGUAUUGAUUAUAAACGGCGCGGCCAACGGCACCGCGGGAUGGGAAUACGGCCGUGACCCGGUUCUUUCACCGGUUCUCUACCGACCCGACAAACCGGCCGGUUCGAGAUUCGAAGUCCAGAGCCCCACCGCCAUACCACGCAUGUACCACUCGACGGCGGUGCUCCUCCGCGACGGCCGGAUUCUCGUCGGCGGCAGCAACCCCCACAUAUACUACAAUUUCACGAACGUUCUCUACCCGACGGAAUUAUCACUGGAAGCGUUCUCGCCGGCGUACACGACGUCGAAAAUCCAGCCGAAGAUUCUAUCGCCUCCGACGCAGUCGAAAUUAGGGUACAACAAAGAAUUUCCGGUCCGGUUCAGCAUUCCGGCGGCGGUGAAGGUUAGCGACAUCCAGGUGAAGGUAACACUGGUGGCGCCGCCAUUCACGACGCACUCGUACUCCAUGAAUCAGAGGUUGGUGAUGCUAAACGGCGGCGGCGGAGUGAAAGCGGUGGGGAAUUCUUUGUACGAGACGAGGGUAAUUGGACCGGUUUCCGGCAAUGUGGCGCCGGCGGGAUGGUAUAUGAUGUUCGUGGUGUAUGAGGAUGUCCCGAGCCAGGGCGUUUGGGUCCAGAUCGGCAUGUGAGCUGAGAUGGGAGGGUUUGGCUUAUUAUUAUUAUUAAUAUUAUUCUUUUGUAGAUAUAUAGAUGGAUAGAUAGAGGGAUCACAUGAUUCUUCUUCCAUAGUACGGACAAAGGGGAAUUUAUUAUAGCCAUACAGCAACAGCAACAACAAACAAUGUAUGUGGGAUCCGACAAUAAUCGAAUUUAA